AUGCUGCAGAAGUUAGUUACGGAUGGGAGCGUGAAGGGGUUGGAGGUGAAGGGGGCAGCAAAGGAGAUUGGGAGCUGCCCUACAUGCCUUGAGACGAAGUUCACCAAGUUUCCCUUCAGCAGUAGCACAGGACCAGCCAAGGCACCGCUCGCGCUUGUGCACAUGGAUGUGGUGGGCCCUACGAGGGCCCCUUCUCUCUCGGGCAGCCGCUACUUCUUGACCAUUUUGGAUGAGCACACACGUGCGGUGUGGGUGUACCCUCUCAAGACCAAGCGGGGGGUGGCAGCGGCUGUUCUUAAGGAGUGGAUGCCGAGAGCUCAAAGGGAGAGCGGACACAAGGUGAAGGUCACUGUCUCUGAGGAGGAGAUCUCUGGGGUGACAGAGGAUGGGGGAGAAGCUGAGGUGGAGGAGCAGCAGCAGCAGCAAGAUGCUCCACCACGUGACCAACCCGUCCCUGAGCCCGAGACGCUAGCAGAGGCGUUGAGUGGGCCCGAUGCUGAAAAGUGGAAGCAGAGUAUGAAGGAGGAGUAUGACUCUCUGCUGGAGAAUGAGACGUGGGAGCCGUGUGAGCUGCCUCCUAGGAAGAAGGUCAUUUCUUCCAAGCUGAUCUUCAGGCAUAAGUACGGACCAGAUGGGGUGCUGACCCGCUACAAGUCAAGGCUUUUAGCUAAGGGGUUUCAGCAGACAAAGGGAAAGGACUUCGACGAGCUCUAUGCUCCUGUGGGGAGAGGGACAAUACUGAGGGUGAUGUUGGGAACGGCUGCAAGCCACAGAUGGAAGAUAAAGCAGAUGGACAUCACGACCACGUUCCUAAAUGGGAUCAUCCUGGAGGAGCUGUACAUGCUGCAGCCUGAGGGGUUGGAUGAUGGGAGCGGCAGGGUGUGCAGGCUGAAGAAGGCCAUUUAUGGCCUGAAGCAGGCUCCUCGUGCAUGGUACCACAAGCUAGAGGAGACACUGCUGGUUGGGGGUUUUAAGAAGAGUGACUGCGACCACGGCCUGUUCCUGUUGCAAGAGAAGGAGCCGUUUCUCAUGCUCCUGGUGUAUGUGGACGACAUCCUGCUCUUCUCUGAGUCGUCUGCAAUGAUUGAGCGUGUGGAGGAGAUGCUGGAGAUGCAGUUUAAGUGUUCCAAGAUGGGAGAUGUGAAGUACUACUUGGGGAUGCAUGUGGAGAGGGACCUUGACAAGGGAGUGUUGAGGUUGCACCAGAGGAAGUAUUGUGAGGGGCUGGCUAAAAAGUAUGGGCUGCAAGAUGGAGGAAAGCCAGCCACCCCACUGCCUUCGGGGUUCACUGUAGAGCCCUGUGCUGAUGAGAAGGUGGUGGCUGAGAGUGACAAGAAGCUGUUUCAUUCCAUGAACGAGGUGGGGCUGUCCUCGUGUGAGAAAGAGUACAUGGCCCUGCAUCAUGGGGCCAAGGAGGUGGUGUGGCUGAUGCGUUUGUUGGAGGAGAUCAGUGUUGGUCAGAGGGAGCCGAAUGUGAUGUACUGUGACAAUGAGUCGGCAGUGAAGUUAGCCAAGAAUGCUUGUCUUCAUGGGCUGACCAAACACAUCAGGCCUAAGUGGUAUUGGGUGAGGAGGCUCUUGGACAAGGAGGUGCGGCUGGAGAUUGUGAAGACCCAUUAG